AUGAGUUCAUUUAAGUACAAAAACUCCGCCGCAGGUGCCAGUAUGCAAAGUGCUGCUAACAUAACCUUGAGACAAAUUUUAGAACCCAAUAAUGUGAACUUACGUUCUAAGAAAACACACAUUGUAUGUACCUUAGGUCCAGCAUGUAAAUCUGUUGACACUCUUGUUAAAUUAAUUGAUGCAGGUAUGGAUAUUUGCCGUUUUAACUUUUCUCACGGUAGCCAUGAAGAUCAUAAGGAAAUGUUUAACAACGUUUUAAAAGCUCAAGAAUUGAGACCCAACUGCUUAUUAGGAAUGUUGUUAGAUACUAAAGGACCAGAAAUCAGGACAGGGUUUUUAAAAAAUAAAGAAGUUCAUUUAAAAGAAGGUAGUAAAUUAAAAUUAGUAACAGAUUAUGAAUUCUUAGGUGAUGAAACUUGUAUAGCAUGUUCAUAUAAGAAAUUACCACAAAGUGUUAAGCCAGGAAAUAUUAUAUUAAUAGCUGACGGAUCAGUAAGUUGUAAAGUUUUAGAAACACAUGAAGAUCAUGUUAUUACAGAAGUAUUAAAUUCAGCUGUUAUUGGUGAAAGGAAAAAUAUGAAUUUACCAAACGUUAAGGUUGAUUUACCAAUUAUUAGUGAAAAGGAUAAAAAUGAUAUACUAAAUUUUGCUAUACCAAUGGGUUGUAAUUUUAUUGCUGCCUCAUUUAUUCAAUCAGCCGAUGAUGUCCGUUUAAUUAGAAACUUAUUAGGACCAAGAGGAAGACAUAUCAAGAUUAUUCCCAAAAUUGAAAAUAUUGAAGGUAUUAUUCACUUCGAUAAAAUCUUAGCUGAAUCUGAUGGUAUUAUGAUUGCAAGAGGAGAUUUAGGAAUGGAAAUUUCUCCAGAAAAGGUCUUCUUGGCCCAAAAAUUGAUGAUAUCAAAAUGUAAUUUACAAGGUAAACCAAUUAUCACAGCCACUCAAAUGUUAGAAUCCAUGACCAAGAACCCAAGACCAACAAGAGCAGAAGUUACAGAUGUAGCUAAUGCUGUUUUAGAUGGUACUGAUUGUGUUAUGCUUUCAGGAGAAACUGCAGGUGGUAAAUUUCCAGUUGAAGCUGUAACCAUUAUGUCCAAAAUAUGUUUAGAAGCUGAAGCAUGUAUUGAUUAUAAAUUAUUAUAUCAAUCAUUGGUAAAUGCAAUUGAAACACCAAUUAGUGUACAAGAAGCUGUAGCUAGAUCAGCUGUAGAAACUGCAGAAUCUAUUCAAGCAACUUUAAUUAUAGCUUUAACAGAAACAGGUUAUACUGCAAGAUUAAUAGCCAAAUAUAAGCCAAGUUGUACCAUCUUAGCUCUUAGUGCAUCUGAUUCAACUGUUAGAUGUUUGAACGUACACAGAGGUGUUACAUGCAUUAAAGUAGGUUCAUUCCAAGGAACUGAUAUUGUUAUAAGAAAUGCUAUUGAAAUUGCAAAACAAAGAAAUAUGGCAAAAGUUGGUGAUAGUGUUAUUGCUAUUCACGGAAUUAAAGAAGAAGUAUCUGGAGGUACCAACUUAAUGAAAGUUGUCCAAAUUGAAUAA